CAAAACCCGGACACAAAAACACAACUGCUUCCCUCUUCUCUUUUCUUUAUAAAUAAUACUAAUUUACCACACACUCUCAUCUGUUCAUCCAUUCAUCCACCCUUUUUAUAAUAACAACAAAAAUGCCUUCUUCUUCUUUCUUUUCUGUCUCUAGGGUUUUCGUCAUUGCUCUCCUCUUCUUCUCCCCUGUUCUCUCUAAAGAUGAAGAAGACAAUCUUCUCCAAGGCCUAAACAGCUACCGACAAGCACAAAACCUCCCGCCGCUCGUGAAGAACGCAAAAGCCGACUGCAUUGCAAACGAGAUGGCCGACGAUGCUGAAGACCAACCCUGUGCUGUCACCACCACCAAAUCCAACGUCGUUGCAAGCCGACCGUCACAAAUCACCAAGUUCCCGGACUACGCCGAGAAAUGCAAGGUAGAUAUCAACACCACCGCCGACGCCGUCGUGAUGCCGGUGUGCGUACCAAAACUAGUCCAAACUCUGCUGCUUACGAACUACACUCACUCCCAGUACGCGAAGUAUUUGAACGACUCAAGAUUCGUCGGUGCGGGGCUAGGGAAGGAGGACGACUGGAUGGUGGUGGUUCUGACCACCGGAACGAACGCGGGGAGCUUCGAAGGAUCGGGGGCCGGGUCGUUGGUGGGUUCGAUUUGGGGAUGGGCUGUGUUGGUUUUGGUAGGGCUUUUGAUUGGGGAUAUUGUGAGAUUCUAAAAAGGGAAAUUUGAGAUUUUGCCGCCAACGUUCCUUUUUUUUUCCUUCUUCUUUUUUCGGGUUUUCCGUUUGUUGUAUUUAUAGGUUGAAAUGUGGCUUUGUAUUGUAUCAUUUUAAUGGACAGUUUUAGUGGUUCGAUGCUUCA